AUGUUAAAACUCUCCACUCUCUCCCUAGCCUGUGCUGCUCUCACGACAGCACAGAGCUCCGUCCCUUCAUUCACUGCUUCCGUGGCACCUGCUGCCGAGACCGUCACUACCGUGUCCACUCCCGCAAACGUACCGCUGUUCGAUGCCGAGAUCGUUCAAUUGACUGACAAUGUUGUUGCUGGGCUUCAGAACAACCCCACUGUUGCCGAACACGCUUCGCUUUUCGCCUUUGGUGACACGAACCCUACCGCAGCAGCGCGCGCUCGUCGUGCUCGCCGAGCGCCCCGCUGCAAGACAAUGCCGGGUGAUGCACUCUAUCCGAACAAAUUUGUCUGGGGCCUGGCCAAUCAGCUGCUCGGCGGUGCCCUCGAACCUAUCGUGCCCAUUGGUUCGCCCUGCUACCAGGACUCGGAGUACAACAACUACGAUGCGGAGAGGUGCUCCUACCUCGUCAAGAACUUCGAUGCCGAAGAGAUCUAG